AUGGGCUACGCUACAGAAUCUACUCUCUGGACAUCAGAUGCCUUCCGCCAGCCCAUGAAGGAUCUCAUCUCGAGGUACUACGAGCUGUCCGAUUCACCUCAAGCAGAUGCUGGAGAGAUCCUAGCCUCCAAAGUCUUCUCCAGCGACGCCUGCGUCAUAUCACCUAACGGAAGCUUCACUGGUUCUGCUGGUUCUGUAAACCUCGUUCUGGAUGGGAUCGACUGUACCUGGUUGCUAACAAAGGAAGUUCUAGAUAUCGCAGCCAGUCGUGAAAAUGCCUGGAAGGUCGUUGAGUCGCGGAAGCACACCAUAUCUCGGGCAUUCUUUGGCCAGGGCGAAUCACCAGAAAUAGUGCUCAUCGGCACUCUUUUCAUGAGCUUUCGCAACGGGAAGAGUCUUGACUCUCCAUUCGCCACCCAUCUCAAGCUCGAUGUUGCUUCUGCCUCCACCUCACAGCCUUUGAUAAGCUACAUGGAAGUCUAUACUGAUGUGUCUCCUGCUAUAAAGCUCUUAUCAAACUAG